AUGAUUGCUGCGGCGUUUUUGGUCCUGCUAAGGCCGUACAGUAUUCAAUGUGUGCUGCUAUUACUGCUGCUUUUGCUCGGGACGAUAGCGACGAUUUUGUUUUUCUGCUGCUGGCAUCGCAGGCUUCGUAAUGGAAAACAUCCUAUAAAAUCUGUGCUCUCCGGACGCACCAAGAGCCGCGUUGGCCUCCGAUCACAUCAUUUUCGGUCAGAGGGCUUCAGGCACAGUCCACGUCACGCAAGAAGGAGCAUACAUGCUCGAGUGACAGAGGAAAAGCCCAAUCUGGUCGAGAUCCCUGAGAGCGAACCAGAUUCAUCAUCGAGUCUAAGAAAACGCAAAGUGAAGAAGAGAGUCCUGCCAGAGUUUUACCAGUCUGUGCAAGUCACGCCCACACGGAAACCUAGCUCCAGUUCGGGGAACCCUUCCCUGCACGGCUCCAUGUCUUCCUCGGCGGAUUUCUCAGACGAGGAUGAUUACAGUGUGAAAUCUGGGUCGGCAUCACCCGCACCCGGGGACACCUUACCCUGGAACCUGCCCAGACACGAGAGGUCCAAGAGAAAAAUCCAGGGAGGAUCCGUACUGGAUCCGGCGGAGAGAGCCGUGCUCAGGAUCGCAGACGAGAGAGACAGAGUGCAGAAGAAGACAUUUACAAAAUGGAUAAAUCAGCAUCUGCUGAAGGUACGGAAGCAUAUAAAUGACCUGUAUGAAGACUUACGAGAUGGACAUAACCUGAUCUCACUGCUGGAGGUUUUGUCUGGAGACACAUUGCCUCGGGAGAGAGGGAGGAUGCGCUUCCACAGGCUCCAGAAUGUACAAAUAGCACUGGAUUAUUUAAAGAGGCGGCAGGUCAAACUUGUAAAUAUCAGGAAUGACGACAUCACAGACGGUAACCCGAAACUGACCCUGGGAUUGAUCUGGACCAUAAUUCUGCACUUUCAGAUCUCGGAGAUCCACGUGACGGGGGAGUCCGAGGACAUGACAGCCAAGGAGAGGCUGCUGCUCUGGUCCAAGCAGAUGACAGAGGGCUAUGUGGGCGUACGAUGUGAUAACUUCACCACCUCCUGGAGGGAUGGGAGGCUGUUUAACGCCAUCAUUCAUAAAUACAGGCCGGACAUGGUUGACAUGAGCCGCGUGUCGUCACAGACCAACCGAUCGAAUCUGGAGCAUGCGUUUUGUGUAGCUGAGCAGCUGGGGGUGGCCAGACUCCUGGACCCCGAGGACGUAGACGUUCAGUCUCCGGAUGAAAAAUCUGUCAUCACAUACGUCUCAACACUGUAUGAUGCCUUCCCCAAAGUACCUGACGGUGUCGAUGGAAUCAAUCCUAAUGAUGUUGAUAUCAAAUGGGUGGAGUACCAGAACAUGAUCAAAUACCUCAGCCAGUGGAUCAAACACAAUGUGGCCAUAAUGUCAGAUAGAUCAUUCCCCAACAACCCUGUGGAAAUCAAGGCACUUUAUACACAGUAUCUGCAGUUUAAAGAACACGAAAUCCCGCUGAAAGAGAACGAGAAGACAAAAAUCAAAACUCUCUAUACGAUGCUUGAGAUGUGGAUCGAGUUUGGACGUAUUCAGCUACCCCAGGGUCAUCACCCCAAUGACGUGGAGAAGGAAUGGGGUAAAUUAAUUGUUGCCAUGCUGGAGAGAGAGAAGAGCCUGAGGCCUGAGGUGGAAAGGCUGGAGAUGUUGCAGCAGAUUGCCAACAGGGUCCAGCGGGACUGUGUUAACGGAGAGGACAAGCUGGCGCUGGCAAGAACGGCCCUACAGUCUGAUGCAAAACGUCUGGAGUCUGGUAUUCAGUUCCUAAAUGAAGCUGAGAUCGCCGGCUACCUUUUGGAGUGUGAGAAUAUCCUCAGGCAACAAGUGGUGGACAUCCAGAUUCUUCUGGACGGGAAGUUUCCCUUUGCAGAUCAACUGGUCCAAAGGGUAUCCAAACUCCGGGAUGACCUCCUAACCCUGAGAGCCGAGUGUUCCUCUGUGUACAGCAAAGGUCGCACCCUGACAACAGAGCAAACCAAAAUGAUGAUCUCAGGCAUCACGCAAAGCCUGAACUCUGGCUUCUCGCAGAACAUCAACACAAGCCUAACACCAGCCCUUACUCCUGCACUCACCCCAGGGGGGUUAGGCUCCCCUGGGUCCACAUUCACCUCUAGCCUUACACCGUGCCUCACCCCGUCCUUGACCCCUGCCUUGACCCCCGGCCUGCAGCCCGCUUCAGUCCAGAGCUACAUGGGGAGCGGUGGCGGCAUGGACCCAGGCAGCCUCAGGCAUUUGAAACACAUGCAGAUCCGCAAGCCCUUACUGAAAUCCUCGCUGGCAGACCCCAACAUGACAGAAGAGGAGGUCAACAUGAAAUUUGUUCAGGACCUCCUGAACUGGGUGGAAGAGAUGCAGUUGCAGCUGGAUCGUUCAGAGUGGGGAUCUGAUUUGCCAAGUGUAGAAAUGCAUUUAGAGAACCACAAAAGUGUGCAUAGAGCCAUUGAAGAAUUUCAAAUGAGUCUUAAAGAUGCCAAACUGAGUGAGAUUCAGAUGAACUUACCCCUGAAACUAACUUAUUCAGACAAACUGAAUAAACUGGAAAAGCAGUAUGAACGGCUAUUGAGCUGUUCUCGAGAGCGGCAAAGCCACCUGGAAAGCCUGCAUGACUUUGUGUCGCAGGCAACUCAGGAGCUCAUCUGGCUGAAUGAGAAGGAGGAAGAGGAGGUUGCCUUCGACUGGAGUGAUCGCAACAGCAGCAUCUCCAAGAAAAGAGACUACCAUGCUGACCUGAUGAGGGAACUGGAUGAAAAGGAGGAAGUGAUCAAGUCUGUGCAGGACAAGGCAGACCGCCUCAUGCUCAAGAACCACCCAGCCAGGCUCACCAUUGAAGCAUACAGAGCUGCCAUGCAGACGCAGUGGAGCUGGAUUUUACAGCUCUGCUCUUGUGUAGAACAGCAUCUUAAGGAGAAUGCUGUUUAUUUUGAGUUUUUCAGUGAUGCCAAAGAGUCCAUGGACUACCUUAAGAGCCUGCAAGACGCCAUUCAGAGAAAAUACAGCUGUGAUCGAACAAGCAGCCUGCACAGGCUGGAGGACCUCAUUCAGGAGUCAAUGGAUGAGAAAGAGCAGCUCCUUCAGUACCGCAGCACUGUUGCUGGGUUAGUGGGCAGGGCCAAGAAUAUCGUGCAGCUCAGGCCCAGGAACCCCGACAGCCCCGUGAGAUCCUCCAUCCCUGUUAAAGCCAUCUGCGAUUAUCGUCAGAUAGAGAUUACCAUUUAUAAAGAUGAUGAGUGCGUGUUGGCCAGCAACUCUCACCGGGCCAAGUGGAAAGUCAUCAACCCAGCGGGGAAUGAGGCCAUGGUGCCCUCUGUGUGUUUCACUGUGCCUCCACCCAACAAAGAGGCUGUUGAUAUGGCUACAAGAACUGAGCAGUUAUACCAGAAUGUCCUGGCACUGUGGCACCACUCCCACAUCAACAUGAAGAGUGUGGUGUCUUGGCAUUAUCUAAUGGCUGAUAUACGAGCCAUCCGCAACUGGAAUGUGUCCUCAAUAAAGACCAUGUUGCCAGGUGAGCAUCAGCAGGUCUUGAGCAACCUGCAGUCGCACUUCGACGAGUUCCUGGAGGACAGCGAGGAGUCCGAGGUAUUCACAGUGGCUGACUGUACCCAGCUUGAGAGAGACGUCGCGGCCUGCAAGGAGUACUACCAGGAACUGCUGCGAUCUGCAGAAAGAGAGGAACACGAGGAGUCAGUGUACAAUCAUUACAUCUCGGAAAUACGCAACUUCCGGAUGCACCUGGAGGCCCACGAAGAACAUCUGAUCAGGCAGCUCCGCACACCGCUGGAGAGAGACGACCUGGAGCAGAGUCUGCAGCGUAUCACGGAACAUGAGAAGAAGACAGCGGAGCUGAAUAAACUGAAGGAGGACCUUGACGUGAUGAAGGAGAAGUGCGAGCUGUUCCUCAGACAGGCUGCAGGCUCUCCCUCCGCGCCGACGCUUUCCUCUGAACUCACCGUCCUCGUUCAGAGCAUGAGCCAAGUGUACUCCAUGUCCUCCAUUUAUAUGGACAAACUGAAGACAGUGAGCUUAGUGGUGAAGCACAGCCAGAGCGCAGAAGCUCUAGUUAAGACCUACGAAUCCAAACUCUAUGAGGAAGAUGCUAUGAACUCAGACGUCAAGUCUAUUGAGACAGUCAUAUCAACACUUAAGCAAUGGCGGACAGAGAUUGAUGAGAGGCAGGAGGUGUUCCACGACAUGGAGGAUGAACUGCAGAAAGCACGAGUCAUCAGUGACUGCAUGUUUAAGGCUCAUAACGAGCGUGACUUCGACCUUGACUGGCACAAGGAGAAAGCAGAUCAGCUGAGCGAGAGAUGGCAGAACAUUCACUCCCAGAUCGACAGCAGGCUUCGGGAUCUGGAUGGUAUCAGCAAAUCUCUGAAACAUUACAGAGACUCUUACAGUACUCUUGAUGAAUGGGUUAGAGAAAUGGAAGCAGCACAGCUGAAGGCCCAAGAAAACAAACCUGAAGAUAGCAAGGCCCUGGCUGAGCUGCUAAACAAACAGAAGGUCCUUGUUGCUGAAAUUGAACAGAAACAGAGCAGAAUUGAUGAGUGCCAGAAGUACUCAGAGCAGUACUCAUCUGCUAUUAAGGAUUAUGAACUCCAGCUGAUGACCUUCAGAGCGAUGGUUGACUCCCAACACAAAUCCCCUCUGAAGAAGCGGAGGAUGCAGAGCUCCUCUGAUGCCAUUCAGCAGGAGUUUAUGGAUCUCCGGACCCGCUACACUGCUCUUGUGACUCUAAUGACACAGUAUGUGAAGUUUGCCAGUGAGACUCUGAAGAGAACUGAAGACGAGGAGAGAUCUGUUGAUGAGGAGAAGAGAGAGCAUGGUGAUAAAGUUAGCAAACUGUUACACUGGAUGUCCAAUGUGAAACAGAGCCCAAACAAUGAUGGGAAUGCUCAGAGAGAUAGCAAUGCCAACACAGACGCUUCUAAUAAGCCCCAGGUGUCAGUCGAGGAAAUGGUCACUAAGAAGGAACAAAUUGCAGAAGCACUGAGGGCAACGCAAAUGAUGCUGAACAAACACAGUGACAAAAUGACAGAAGAGGAACGAGAAAAGGCCCAGGAGCAGCUGAAGGAACUCAAUCAGGCCUACAAUGAGCUCUCCCAGCAUUGUUCAGAUCAGACAAACUCUGCAGAGGAGGAUUUUAAAACCAGCAAUGCAGGGCUCGGCACAGGACCCAUGAGUGGCUGGAUUGAUCGGAUAGCUGGAGUCACUCUCUCAGAGGCCGAACCUGUGACCUCCAACCCCUUUCAGUCUGAGCCACAUGUGUGUCUGGACUGGGAUGAUCCUUUUAAACAAGAUCUCAUUUAUAAAUCCACACUGAACCACUUGCCAGAGAGGAAUGACUCAAGCAAGUGCAUACAGAGUUCACAUGUCUCGUCUGUGUCGCUUUGUGACAUAGCAGCAGCAAGGGAAGGGGCCACGUGUGAAGACCCGAUCAUCAAGAUGAUCGAGGUCAAACAAGUCCGUGAUGGAUUGAAGGUGUCCUACACAGGCGACACGCUGACCCUGGAGAGGGCAUUUCAGUGUGGUUUGAUACCCGCCUCUGUCUAUGUAAAGAUUCGUCAGAGGCAAAAUAAUGCUGCUGAAGAUGUGUCACUCCUGGAGCCUGUGCAGGAGGUGGAACCAUGUGAGGUCAAUAGACUGAUAUUAAAGUGCCUUAGCAGGAAUAAAUCACUGACAUCAGGGAGGGAUGUUCACACUUUGGGGUCUUUUCAUGAUGGUUUAAGUGAUCAGGAAGCCAUGUUGAGGCUUUUAGGUGCUGAAGUGGAUAAUGGUGAUAGGCUAAAAGUGGAUGCUGCCGUUCAGUGUGAUUUGAUGAGGUCGAGCAGCACGCUCACUGUGCUUGGAAAUCAGCAGCAGUUUAUGGGACUUGUGUUGCCUUCCUCUGGGGAAAUCCAGACUGUGUCCACCUCACUGCGAUAUGACCCAGAAGUCACCACUGAUGGGUUUACCAGCAGGCUGUUCAGCAAGCGGGACAAAAUAGCAGCUUUUUACAUUCCAGAAAAUUCAGAGGUGGUCGACAUCCCCUCCGCCGUCCAGAAUGGUCUGAUUGACAAUUACACAGCAGAGGUUUUGAAAUCUAUAGAAAUCCCUGAUGUUUUUCCUGAUGUGGAUCACCUCAAUGACAAGUUUUCAUCUUGGCUUAUGUAUAAAAAACUCACAGUUGAUGGGUGCUACAACGCUGCCGAUUGCUUAAAAGUUGACAACAUCCCUACUCACACAGAGGCCAUGCAGUUAUUCAUCUCCUACCUCAUGAUCAACAGCUACAUAGACCCCAACUCAGGACAGAGAGUCCUAAUACUCGACAGACAGCUCAGUAAAAUGGUUCAAAUCUUUCUUGAAGACUCAAUAUUAUCUGAAAACACUGAGAAAAAUGUAACCUCUCUGACUUUAAAUGUCGGUGAUUUUUCAGAACAGGUUGAUUUGGAGAUGCCGCUGCACAUAAAUGAGCAAACAGAGGAGUUAAUGAGUGACACAGAACACAUGUGUGAUGCUCAUAAUUACGUUUCCUCCGUCAGUGGAAGAAUUACCUUUGAUGAAAAAACACAUGGAACUGAGGCUCUAAGCCAACACCCUGUCAAGGAAUUUUUGGAAGGUAAUGACAUUGACAUGGAUGCCACAGAGCCUGGUGUAGCGGAGAAGACUGCGUCUCAAAACAGCACAGGUUGGACAAAGUCAGGUGGAUUUGCAGAGAGGAUUUGUGGAAGUCUUUUACAAAUUGAUGCUGGAGAUGCUCAUCGUGAAAGUCUUGAUAUUCCAACUGUGGUGUCAGUCCUUCCCACUGUGCUCACAAAUGUUAUCUCACCAUCGAGGAUGUUUUACUCCGAGUGUUCAGUAACAUCCUGCCAUCAAACGCUACCUCACUAUGAUGCUGAGUCACCGUGUGGUGAAACAGAAGGUAUAGGUGUUACCCAAACUGAGUUUUUAUGCCUGGAGGACUUGAUGGAGGGUGAAAAUGAGCAAGACUAUGCUGUACAUCUUCUGAAUGCACAAAUGGAGGAAGGGGGCAUUUUAGAUGUCACCUCUGGGAGACGUUCUGACCUGGAGGCAGCUCUCAGUAAAGGCCUAGUUGACGAGGUGACGGUACUGAAACUGCUUGACUUGCAGUCAGAUGAAAAAGGAAGUGUUUUAGGUGAUGAGGAGGGAGCAAUGUCUGUUUUCAAACAUGCAGUGUCAGAUGGAUCCAUAACCUCUAAUGUGGCUGUUCAUUUAAUGGAACAGCAGAGUUUAUUGAGCUCCGGCUGCGCCAUUAGGAUCAGUGAGUCAUCGCAGCCUGAAUUAGUUACAGAUGAACGUGUCAACAAUAUCCUCAACUCAGACCCAGAAACCAGCAUUAGUCCAGAAGAAAACAGCACUCACUCCAUCCCUGAUGGUCAUAAUGUGGUUUUGAUUAAUAUUAAUGAAGGUGAAAUCACACAGCAGCCCACUGAGAGGAAAGUUGCUGUCAUGUGGCUUGAUCUCACUGAUGAGGAGGCUGAUAACAGAGAGACAGAAAGUGAGAAUGGAAAUGCAGAGGUAGAUUGUGAGACAACAGGAAGCGUAGAGGAGAUGAGUAAUGAUCUGCAUCAUUCCCCUCCCUCGGUUUGUGAGUCUCUGAUGAUCUCACCCUCCUCGUGGAGUCAGGUUACUGCAGAGUGUGUUCAUCACGCCGACAAAUCGCCUUUACUGGCUGAAGACAGUGACUCACAGGGUGCAAUCAAAAGCCAGCUGACAGAUGCCGCUGGCGUAUUCGGUGUUGUGACAGAAACUGCUCCAGCUGCUCAGUCAUGUCCAUCUAGUCUGAGUGACAGAACCGAUCCAGAAAACCAGACUCAGUAUGCCACCUCUGCUCCUCACUUUAAAUCUGACGGCUCACCCUUUGAUGGUGAGUCACUCAUUGUUGGAUAUGAUGCAGAAGUGGGAAAUCAGACAGCGAGUGAGAGUGAAUUGGGCAUGUCCUCAUCACAUCACAGUGCGUCGUCUGAGGAAAGCAGAAUGAAGAGUGAGACAAGUGCAGUUCAGUCACCUUUGGGCAGUGAGCCAACGCCAAGUAGAGAUUACUCAUCGCCCGGGGAUUUGCUUCAAAGUGCUAUUAUCUCUGUUUCCAUGGGUAAUGGUAGCGUUGACAACAACAUUACAGAAGAUGGCAGCAGAGUCCCAUUACCUCAGCGAGCUGCACUUCAUUCAGAGAGUGAUUGUAGUGAUGAACUCGAGCCCAGAUGCUCUCCAAAUGGUCAGAGUAUGCUUGUUGUUGAGAGAUUCCCACAGUCCCCCGUUGUUUCCAAUGAAGUCACUGCACCAAAUGCUAUCAGUCCCAAGUGUUUUGAUGGUGGAGAUUCAGAGCACAACACUCCAACUACCACCAGAGUUUCUUAUGAAGCAGUGCUGGCUGGUUCACGGCACAAUGCUGCAGAUGAUGCUGCGUUAAGCACACGUGGGUUUUCCCCAGAGAUGCAACAUGGAAACAAUUUCCCAAUCACCAGUGAUGUGGAGCAGAUCUCUGCACCAAGAAAUGCACAGACAGCACAGGCAAGUGAUGAACAAAAUGCAAAUAUGGGUGGAAAAGCAUCAGAAAUGAGCUCGGGGAAGUCUCAAACUAAAAUGGGAACGGGGUCAGAGUCUGAUAUUCUACCAGAGGAUAAAAGAUUAGAUGUGUGUGCUUCUGAGCCCCAGGUGGUAGCUGAUUUCCUGUCAGACUGGUGUGUGACAGAUGUUUCCUCUUCAGCUCCAUCACUGUUUUCUGAUGGUGUAGAUGACCAGGGGAAAAUUACACAGGGGAUUCAUGUCAGUGAUUUGCAAAAGGCACAAACUCAAGACCUUGAAAGCACUAUUGCUGUAGUUCCAAAUCCUCCACAACCUUUAGAGAACGGCAGUUUUCAUCAGAGAGACACACCUCCUGGACCUACAGAGAGCAGUCACUCAGACCUUCUCAUGGACUUGCAAAACGCCCUCAGCUUAAACAGCAAGGACGAAAGCUCGGACCUGAUACUGCAGAAAGAUACAGUCAGUGAACAGGCAGAGCAGUCUGAUGCCCCGAACAUCCAGCUGCAGCUGCUGCAGGUCCUUAAGACUGUUUCCUCAAGCCAAGACCUUUCAAUGCUCCAGGAGGUUAUGGAGACUCUAAACACUGCGCUGGGGGGUUACUCUCAGGAGGAGCGGCGGCACAUGCUGGAGAGCAUCAAGGAGGAGAGCUCGGAGGGAGAAGAUGAGGUCUUAGCAGAUGAUGACUUCUGUCACCAACCGUCUCCUCAGUCCUCUGCUGACUCAGAUGCCUGCAGGGUUGAGCAGGUCAAAAAUAAGCUGUUCUCCAUCCAGGAUUAUUUGGAGUGUGUUGGGAGACUGCAGGAUCAUGCUGAUGUUUUAGAUGAUGUCAGACGAGACCUUUUAAUCCAGGGACCCAUGGGCAACAACAUGGAGGAGCUCCAGAUCCAAAAAGAGGAAUGUCAGUCUCUGGAGUCCCAGCUUUCUAGACUGGCUGGUGUUCUGACGGCAGAUAUGGAGAAAGCCAAACAGCUUUUGAAUUCUGCUGAUGAGGGCAUUCCCAUUCAAAUCCACCAAGAUUUGGCCUCGACAUAUCUGGAAUUAGAGCCUAGCUUUACUGCUGUUUCCCAAAUGUGUGCAGAAAGGAGUCACGCCCUCACUCAGGCAGUAGAAACGGGAAAGGUACAUUUGGAAUCAACAUACCAGAAACAUCUCAGUGAUCUUGAUGAACUAGCAGGCCUCAUUCAAAACAACUCUGAGAUGAGCGACGUGGAUUUGAACACAUGUGACGUGGACACACUGAAACAUGUGAUUCAGCACAACAAGGACGCAGAGAGCAACCUGCUGAAAGAAGCCAAGCUCAAGUUAGAGGAUAUCACAUUUGAUAUCCAGUGCUUUAUUUCUGAGCACGCUCAGUUCCUGAGUCCAGCUCAGAGCAGCUACGUCCUCAAGUUCCUCAGCACCACUCAGCGAGCAUUCAGGGACCAGACAGAGAGGCUGGUUACCCAGAGGAGCGCCUUAGAUGUCCUGCUGGACACCAGGGAGAGGGAAAGCCAGGAGAAGUCUUUGUUGGCGAAACACAAGGAGUUUACAGAGAAGUUGGAGGAAGUGUGUGAUAAUCUCACCCUGACUGAAAACCACCUGAUUGGUCAUCAGCAACAGGCUGAAAAUGCUGAGUGUGUCACAGACCUGCAGCAGUACCAGCAGGAGCAUCAGGCUCUGCAAAAAGACGUAUUGACGAACGCCAGUGCCUUGAAUGAGGUCAUCACCAGCACAAAAACAUUUCUGGAGGAAAACCGCAGCAAGCUGACGCCGGAUCAAAUCGCCAUGCUUGAGGGCAAGUUGGAAGAGGCUAAAAGCAAAGCCAAGCUCAUCAACCAGCGGGCGGAGGAGUCCAGGAAAGAUCUGGAGAAGGUUGUUACCACAGCCAUUAAACAGGAGAGUGAAAAGGCAGCAGCUGUUGAGCGGCUUGAAGAAAGUAAGAACAAAAUCGAAGGUCUCCUGGAUUGGAUAUCCAACAUAGGGAAUGAAAACGAGAGCAGUCUGGAUCAAGCUGACCAUAUAAGUAAAGAGAAUGGAAACCUGCCAGAUGAAACCUCAGCCAAAGGACUGAUAGCAGAGGACGAUGAUGCCAAUGGAAACACUUUGCAGACCACUGAAAAAGACUUUGGCAGAGAGACCAGCGGCAAGAACGACGCCUCCCUGGACCUUGAUAGACAGUAUGACAGGGUCAAGGCCCGUCAUCAGGAGAUUCUGUCCCAGCAGCAGGAUCUGAUCAUGGCCACCCAGUCGGCUCAGGCUCUGCUCGACAAGCAAGCCGACGUGCUGUCUCCAGAAGAGAAGGAGAAACUGCAGAAGAACAUCCAGGAGCUGAAGGGGCGCUACGAGGCCUCACUGACGCAGGCUGAACAGCAGAUGAAGCAGGUGCAGUGUGUCCAGGAGGAGCUGAAGAAGUUCCAGGAUGACUGCGAGGAGUUCGAGGACUGGUUAGACCAGGCGGAGGGCGAGAUAGAGGAGCUGGGAGCUCCCGCGGGCUCCCUCAACAUCCUCAGUGACAAACUCCAGCGACAGAAAAGCUUCUCGGAAGAUGUGAUUUCCCACAAAGGGGACCUUCGCUUCAUCACCAUCUCAGGACAGAAAGUGCUGGAUGUCGCUAAAGCCUGUGGAUUGGAUGACCCUGUGGCUAAGAACGCUCCGCUGCACGUGGACACUUCAGGAACCUGUUCUGCUGUCAAGGAUAAGUUGGAUUCAGCAGCCAGCAGAUACAAAACGCUGCACUCACAGUGCAAUCAGCUCGGCAACAACCUCAAAGAUGUGGUUGACAAAUACAAGAAAUAUGACGAGUCCAGCGCCGGCCUUUUGAAGUGGCUCAGCAGCUCAGAGGAGGAGGCGAGAAAGCAGCAAUCAGAGGCCAUAGCAGCUGACCCGCAAACACUGCAGAAACAGCUGGAGGACACCAAGGCCCUACAAGGUCAGAUGACAGGACAUCAGACUGCUGUUGACACUCUGCGCAAAACAGCUGAGUCUUUGGUAACAUCUGAAGGAGACCUGCUGAGCAACUCAGAUGAGAUCCAGGAGACAGUAGAUGACAUAGUUGAGCGCUAUGACAACCUGUCCAAGUCUGUAAGUGAUCGAAAUGAGAAACUGCAGAUCACCCUGACUCGUUCCAUGAGUGUCCAGGAUGGUUUGGACGAGAUGAUGGGAUGGAUGGAGGGAGUGGAGGCCAGCGUGAAAGAGAAAGGACAAAUUCCCCUGGACUCUGCAUCCAUUGGAGAUAUCCUGAGCAAAGAAGUGGCAUUAGAGCAGGACAUAGCAAGUCGCCAGAGCAGCAUCUCAGCCAUGAAAGCCAAGGUGAAGAAGUUCGUGGAGACGGCGGAUCCCUCCGCUGCUGCCCUCCUGCAGUCUAAGAUGGACGCUCUCUCCCAGCGCUUCUCUGACGCCUGUGACAAGCACAAGCAAAAAGUUUCCCAGCUGGAGCAGCUGAAGGAGAAGGUGGAGCAGUUUGAGACGGUCGCAGACAAAGUUCAGCAGUUUGUCGUGAAGCGUUCACAAGAUCUCCACGAGACGGACGGGCCAGGGAAAACUUUCAAUGAACUGUCUCAGCUAAUGCAGGAUACUAAAGCUGAGCUGGCUGAACAUGCCAGUGAUUUGGAGACGCUUCAGACUCUGUCCAAGGAGCUGUCUGAAAUAAGCCCUGAUGGAAACAAGUCCCAGAUCCAGAGCAAGAUGGACAAUCUCUCAAAUGUUUUCAGCACCUUCAAAGACACUGUCAAAGAAAAGGAGGAGGAGGUGUCAUCCUGUCAGGACCAGCUGGGAGAGUUCAGAUCUGCAGCCAGCGCUCUCACCAAGUGGCUGGAGCAGACCAAUGAGAAAGUACCUGCAGUUCAGCCAAGCAGCAGUGAGAAGAGUCUGGAGAAGGACCUGCAGAUAGUCACUGGAUUAUUAGAUGAAUGGACAUCCAAAGGCCCUGCUGUCCAAGACCUGAACAGUAAAGGAUCAACACUAUGCAACCUCAUUAACUUCCUCACAUCCCCCGCCAAGACAAAGACCCCUGGCAAGUCAGCUCUUACUAAUGGUGGUGGUCCAGGAAGCCAUUCCUACCUAACCAAUAAAGAGCUAAUGGUGAUUCAGCAGAACAUGUCAUUCGUCAACGAGGGAUACGCGAGCCUCGGGGAAACGCUGAAGAGUCGAGCAGCGGCGCUGAGUAGCUCGGUGCAGGAGGUCAAAGAGGCCCGAAAGGAGACGGACGACAUGAUGACAUGGCUAAAGGACAUGAAGAAGACUGCAGCUUCCUGGAACAAUGAAGCAACAGAGAAAGACUCAGUGAAAACACAGCUUGAACAGCAGAAGGCAUUUGAGGAUGACAUGAAGCAAAAGCAGGAGCAGCUCCAGAAGCUCAGAGAGAAGCUCCUCAACUUGAUUAAGGCUCAUCCAAACUCCCCUGAGGCAGCAAAAUGGAAGCAGAUGCUGGCAGAAAUAGAUGCUGCUUGGGCUGAUAUCAGCGGCUCUGUGGAGGAGAGGAAGCAGCACCUGGAACAGUCCAACAAGAAUCUGGACAUCUUCCAAACAACUGAGCUGCAGCUCGGUCAGUGGCUUUCGGAGAAAGAGCUGAUGAUGAGUGUCCUUGGACCCCUCUCGAUAGACCCCAACAUGCUUAAAAUGCAGAAGCAACAAGUUCAGAUCCUCCAGAACGAAUUCAAGAGCCGUAAACCUCAAUAUGAGCAACUCGAGGAAGCUGCCUCUGCCAUCCUGAGCUCCUCAGGCAACCAGGACCCUUCAAGUGGGAAGCUAGUGAGGGAGCAGCUCGCUGCCGUCACCCAGAAGUGGCAAGGCCUCACAGGACAGCUGGACCAGCGAGACAGCCUCAUCGACACGGCCGUGGUGAAGACGGGGCAGUUUCAGGAGUUACUGAGGAGCCUCAGUCAGAACGCCACUCAGCUGGAGAGUCAGCUCACCAACCAUCAGGGCCACAGCACUCAGCCCGAUGCUGUGAAGAAGCAGUUGGAGGAUGUGCAGAACAUCUCAGGUCAGCUGAGAGAGCAGAGGAAGAAGCUGAAGGAGGCCGAGGCCAUCAAUGCAGAGCUCACAGCGAUGGUGACUGAGGACUAUCUCAAAGCAGACUUAGCCAGGCAGCUGGAGAGCAUCAGCAAGCCUUUCAAACAGCUGGAAGAGAAAGCAGCAAAACGGAUCGAGCAGCUCAACUCAACCUUUGCCAGCUCUCAGCAGUUCCAUCAGACCUCCAAAGACUUCCAGUCAUGGCUGGGUGAGAAGCUCCAAGACCAGUCUAAGCCCCAGCCCAUCUCCGCCAAGGUGGACACCCUGCAGCAAACGCUGGAGGAGCACAGUAAACUCCAGAAGGCCCUCAGUGAACAUGAGGGAACUUACAACACCAUCGUUGGGGAAGGGGAGAUGCUUCUGCAGAACACUGACGGUGCAGAAAAGCUGGCACUCCAAGGGCAGCUUACUACACUGUCUUCCAACUGGGAGGAGGUGAAGAAGAGCUCUGUGGAUCAGGCUGACAAACUCCAGACCGCUCUGCAGAGAUCUCUGAAGUAUCAGGAGAAUGCAGAGAAGCUCAGCUCUUGGAUUCAGGAAUGUGAAGCUAGUGAGGGCCGAGUCAAACUCACGGUGGAUCCGGUUGCUGUGGAGAGCUCCAUUUCUCAGGUGAAAGCUCUCCAGAAGGAUGUCGACAAGCACAGAGGGAUGGUGGAGCAGCUAAACACAGCUGCAGAUAGUCUUCUUGAGGUAGCCAACACAGACACUGACGCUGUCAAAGAGGAGAAGGCUAGCAUUGGCAAAAGAGUGGACAAUGUAGUGGAAGGUCUGCAGAGCAAAAGGGAGUCCCUGGAGAAGAUCUCGCACACAAUUAAAGAAUUCAGUGAUGCCUACAAAGAGGCUAAGGGUCAGCUUGAGGGGGCCAAGAAGCAGGUUGAUGCCUAUGAAUCACAGGGAGUGCAGGCGCACAGCAACAAGAACCUGACCAACAUGAAAGCUCAACAUAAGAGUUUAGAGGGAGUGCAGAACCAAGUGGAGCACCUGAAGAGCUUGGCCAAGGACCUUGUGCUUGAUGUACCAGACGCUGAUGGAGUGACAGACCUCUUACUGCAGGCUGACAGCAUAGAAAAAGACUACAGCAGCCUUAACAAGAAACUAGAAGAGACGUGCCAAGUCUUGGAGGGUAAACUGCAGGGUAUUGGCCAGUUCCAAAACAGCAUCCGUGAGAUGUUCACCCGUUUCACAGACCUGGAUGAUGAACUGGAUAGCAUGGCUCCUGUGGAUCUUGACUUGGCCACUCUUAAAGAACAGCAGGACAGCAUUCAGAGCUUCGUGGCUAAGCUGCAAGAGCUGAUGGCCAACACGGCCAACGCCGGAGACAGCUGUAAGAAGAUGCUAGAGACGGAAACCUCUCCUGACCUGCUGGGCCUGAAGAGAGAUCUGGAUGCUCUGAGUAAGCAGUGCGGUAAACUGUUGGACAGGGCUAAAGGCAGAGAGACGCAGGUGCAGAGCACUCUCAGCAAACUAGAGGAGCUGUACAGUAAACUCCACCAAGCGGAUGAUAAACUUUGCAGAACUGUGGCCAAGGAGGCGUCCCAGGAGGCGGUCGGCAUGGAGACAGACGUCAUCAACCAACAGCUGGAGGCCUUUAAGGCCUUCCAGAAAGAGGACAUUGAUCCAUUGCAGACGCAACUUCAAGACAUCAACUCCCUCGGCCAGGGCCUGAUCCAAACCGCUGCUAAAGGCACCAGCACCAAGAAGCUUGAGGAUGACCUGGAGGAAGUCAACACAAAGUGGAAUACCCUCAAUAAAAAGAUUGCUGAGCGUUCAGCCCAGCUGCACGAAGCCCUGUUGCAUUGUGGGAGGUUCCAGGAUGCUCUGGAGUCACUGCUCAGCUGGUUGACUGACACAGAGGAGCUCGUGGCCAAUCAGAAGCCUCCAUCUGCAGAGUUCAAAGUGGUCAAGGCACAGAUACAAGAGCAGAAACUCUUACAGAGACUGCUGGAUGACCGAAAGCCAACAGUGGAGCUGAUAAAAAAGGAAGGAGGGAAGGUUGCAGAACUGGCAGAGUCUGUGGACAAGGAGAAGGUUGCAAAAGAGAUCGAAUGCCUGGGGCAGAGGUGGGACGCUCUGCUCAAGAAGGCUGAAAACAGGCACAAGCAACUAGAGAGCAUCUUAGUGGUCACUCAGCAGUUCCAUGAAACCCUAGAGCCUCUGAGCGAGUGGCUCGGAGCCACAGAGAAACACCUAAUCAACUCCGAACCCAUCGGCACCGAGACGUCCAAGCUGGAAGAUCAGAUCUCUCAGCAUAAGGCCUUAGAGGAGGAGAUAAUGAAUCACAGUAAAGACCUGUUUCAGGCUGUGAGUCUGGGUCAGAUGCUCAGAACUGUGAGCUCAGUGGACGACAAGGAGUUCGUUCAGUCCAAGCUGGACGCCACCCAGGCCAGUUACAUAGAGCUCCAGGAGCGAUGCAGGAGGAAAGCCGAGAUGCUGCAGCAAGCUCUGGCAAACGCCCAGGUGUUUGGAGAGGACGAGGUGGCCCUCAUGAACUGGCUCAGCGAGGUGCACACGAGGCUGAGUGAAGUGUCCGUGGAGGACUACAAUAUAGAUGUUCUUGAAAAGCAGCUGGCAGAACAACGGGCGCUGCAGAGUGAUAUUGAGCUGAGGAAGAAGAAUGUUGACCAAGCCAUCUCUAAUGGGAUGGAGCUUCUGAAGCAAACAACAGGUGAUGAGGUGAUUGUCAUCCAAGGCAAACUGGACGGAAUAAAAACAAAGUACGCUGAGAUCAACUCCAUGAGUGACGCUGUUUUGAAGAAGCUGGAGCGAGUUUUGAGUCUGUCUACCAAGCUGCAGAGUACCCACGAGGACCUGAGCUCCUGGCUUGAGAACGUAGAGUCUGAGACCAGAGCGUUUGCUGCUCAGGAGCCAGUGGGCGAGCAGCUCCUUCAUGCACAAAGCAGGCUGAGGGCCUUGCUAAAAGAGACCAAAGAGCAGAAACCUGCGACGGACAAGCUGAAUGAGCUGAGCAGCUCUCUCCUGGAUCUGAUCCCCUGGCACACCCGCGAGGGUCUGGACAAGCUGGUGACUGAGGAUAAUGAGCGGUACAGAGCCGUCUGCGACGCCAUCACCCAGCAGGUUGACCAGAUCAACGCCGAUAUACUCAAGUCACAGCAGUUUGAGCAGGCUGCAGACGCUGAGCUCUCCUGGCUGACUGAAGCUGAGAGGAAGUUGCAGUCGAUGGGCGAGAUCAGGCUGGAGCAGGACCAAACCACAGUCCAGCUCCAAGCACAGAAGAUCUUCUCCAUGGACAUCAUGAGGCACAAAGAUGCUGUGGAUGAUAUUGUGAAAACAGGAAAGGCCAUCAUGAACAGCAAAAAACCAGAAGAGAAAGAAAUGUUGAAGGCCAAGACCCAGACUCUCCUGGAGAAGUACGGUACCGUCAGCCAGCUGAACUCAGAGCGCUGCCUGCAGCUGGAGCGAGCCCAGUCUCUGGCCGGUCAGUUCUGGGAGACCUAUGAGGAGAUGUGGCCGUGGCUCCAGGAAACGUUGAGCACCUUCAGCCAGCUGCCUCCACCCGCCAUCGAGAACGACGCGCUCAGGCAGCAGCAAGAGGAGCUCAGGCAAAUGCGAGAGCUGAUUGCCGAGCACAAGCCCCACAUCGACAAGAUGAAUAAGACCGGGCCUCAGUUACUUGAACUCAGCCCAUUGGAGGGAGAGGCCAUCAGAGAGAAGUACACAACUACAGACCAACUGUACACCAAACUCAAGGCUGAUGUCAAGCAGAGAGCUGCUACUCUGGACGAGGCCAUCUCCAAAUCCACCCAGUUCCAUGAUAAAAUUGACCCGAUGUUGGAGUCCCUGGAGCGGAUCGCUGAACGGCUGCGCCAGCCUCCAUCCAUCUCAGUGGAGGUGGACAAGAUCAAGGAGCAGAUUACAGAAAAUAAGGCCGUCUCUGUGGAUUUGGAGAAACUGCAGCCCUCUUAUGAGACACUGAGGCAGCGAGGCGAGGAGAUGAUCGCACGAUCUGAGGGUGCAGACAAGGACAUAUCUGCCAAAGCUGUACAAGACAAACUGGACCAGAUGGUGUUCCUCUGGAGCGACAUCCAGGCCUUAGUGGAGGAGCGGGAGGCGAAGCUGCUGGAUGUGAUGGACCUGGCAGACAAGUUCUGGUGCGACCACUGCGCCCUCAUCGUCACCAUCAAAGACAGCCAGGACCUGCUGAGAGAGCUGGAGGAGCCUGGAGUCGACCCCUCGGUCGUCAAACAGCAGCAGGAGUUUGUGGAGGGAUUUAAGGAGGAGAUCGACGGUCUGCAGGAAGAGCUUGAUGUGGUUCAGAACCAGGGUGCAGAGCUGAUGACUGCCUGCGGGGAGCCUGAUAAACCUGUGAUAAAGAAAAGCAUUGAUGAGGUGAAUUCGGCGUGGGAAAACCUCAAUAAGACCUGGAAGGAGAGAGUAGACAGACUGGAAGAAGCCAUGCAGGCUGCUGUGCAGUUUCAGGAUGGCCUGCAGGGUAUGUUUGACUGGGUGGAUAUUCUGGAGAGCAAACUGGAUUCAAUGUCACCUGUAGGCACAGACCUGGAAACUGUCAAGCAGCAGAUUGUGGAGCUCAAGGAGUUCAAAGGAGAGGCGUACCAGCUGCAGAUCGAGAUGGAGCGCCUGAACCACCAGGCGGGCCUCCUGCUGAAGAAGGUGACGGAGGAGGCCGACCGCUGUGCCAUCCAGGAGCCAGUGUCUGAGCUCAAGAUGCUCUGGGACAACCUGGAUGAGAAGAUCAUCGGCCGACAGCACAAACUGGAGGGAGGCCUUCUGGCACUGGGCCAGUUCCAGCACGCACUGGACGAGCUGCUGGCCUGGAUGAGCCACACCGAGGAGCUGCUCAACGAGCAGAGGAAGGCCGGAGGAGACCCCAAAGCCAUCGAGAUAGAGCUCGCCAAGCAUCAUGUUCUCCAGAAUGACGUGUUGGCUCAUAAGGCGACAGUAGAGACCGUCAAUAAGGUCGGUAAUGAUCUGGUGGAGUCCAGCGCUGGAGAGGAAGCUUCUAGUCUGCAGAGCAAACUGGAGAACCUGAACCAGCGGUGGAAAGCCAUCCUUGAGAAGACGGCGCAGAGGAAGCAACAGCUGGAGAGUGCUCUGCUUCAGGCCCAAGGUUUCCAUGGUGAGAUCGAAGAUAUGCAGCAAUGGCUGAAAGACACAGAACGUCAGCUGUUGGCAUCAAAGGCUGUGGGAGGCUUACCAGACACGGCCCGGGAGCAGCUUAACGCCCAUCUGGAGUUGUGUUCUGCCUUCGAGGUGAAGGAGGAGCUGUAUCGGGAGCUGCAGAACAAGGGUCGCCAGCUGCUCGCCGCGACGCCCGAGGGCCCAGACAGCAACACGGAGCAGGACCUCGCCAACCUGAAGGACAAAUGGGAAGCUGUGCAGGGGAAGGUCGCUGAAAGAAAGGUGAAACUAGAAGAAGCCUUGACGCUCGCCACAGAUUUCCACAACUCCCUGCAGGACUUCAUCAACUGGCUAACCCAAGCAGAGCAGACGCUGAACAUGGUCUCGCCUGCCUCCCUCAUACUGGAGACCAUCAUGUUUCAGAUUGAUGAGCAUAAGAUGUUUGUGACAGAGGUGAACUCCCACAGAGACCACAUCAUUGAACUGGACAAGACAGGGACACACUUGAAGUACUUCAGCCAGAAACAGGAUGUGGUCCUGAUCAAGAACCUGCUGCUCAGCGUGCAAGGCCGCUGGGAGAAGCUGGUGCAGCGGUCCGUAGAGCGCGGUCGUCUGCUGGAUGACGCCAGGAAGAGGGCGAAACAGUUCCAUGAAACUUGGAAUAAACUGAUGGAGUGGUUGGACGAAUCAGAGAAGGCUCUGGACUCAGAAGUGGAAAUUGCCAAUGAUCCGGACAAAAUCAAGACGCAGCUGGCGCAGCACAAGGAGUUCCAGAAAGCUCUGGGCAGCAAACACUCAGUGUACGACACAACCGCUCGAACAGGACGGUCCCUGAAAGACAAGACCUCCCUUCAGGAUGACAAUCAGAAGCUGGACGACAUGCUAAGCGAGCUGAGGGACAAAUGGGACACUGUUUGUGGCAAGUCAGUAGAAAGACAAAACAAGCUCGAGGAGGCCCUGUUGUUCUCCGGCCAGUUCACAGACGCUCUCCAGGCUCUCAUUGACUGGCUGUACAGAGUGGAGCCUCAGCUGGCUGAGGACCAGCCCGUCCAUGGAGACAUAGACCUGGUUCUCAAUCUGAUAGACAACCACAAGGUUUUCCAGAAGGAGUUGGGAAAGAGGACAGUAAGCGUUCAGGCCCUCAAGCGUUCAGCCAGGGAGCUGAUUGAGAGCAGCCACGAUGACUCGUCCUGGGUCAAAGUCCAGAUGCAGGAGCUGAGCACUCGCUGGGAGACCGUGUGCAACCUGUCCGUGUCCAAGCAGGCCCGGCUGGAGCAGGCCCUGUGUCAGGCUGAGGAGUUUCACUCUGCUGUUCACAUCCUGCUGGAGUGGCUGGCUGAGGCAGAGCAGAGUUUGCGUUUCCAUGGCAGCCUGCCUGACGAUGAGGAGGCUCUGCAGGCGCUCAUCGAACAACACAAGGAAUUCAUGAAGAAACUGGAGGAAAAGCGAGUGGCUCUAAAUAAAGCAGCCAGUAUGGGGGAGGCUAUUCUGACCAUCUGCCAUCCAGACUCCAUCACCACCAUCAAACACUGGAACACCAUCAUUAAAGCACGGUUUGAAGAGGUGCAGGCUUGGGCCAGGCAGCACCAGCAGCGACUGGCCACGGCCCUCACUGAGCUGUUAGCCACUCAGGAGCUGCUGGAGAAUCUGCUGACCUGGCUGCAGUGGGCUGAGACCAACCUCAACGAUAAGGACAAGGAGCCGCUGCCACAGGAGAUCGAGGAGGUCAAAAGCCUCAUCGCAGAACACCAGGCGUUCAUGGAGGAAAUGACCAGGAAGCAACCAGAUGUUGACAAAAUCACCAAGACACACAAAAGGAAGGCUGCUGUGGAGACCCCGAACCAGUCUCAGAUCCCUGUGCUCGGCAAAGGAAGAGCUGGAAGAAAACGUUCCCCCACGCAAACCAUGUACGCGUCAGCGACGCAGGCUCCCAUUGAAACCAAGAACCCGCGGGUUAACCUGCUGGUCACUAAGUGGCAGCACGUGUGGCUGCUGGCUUUGGACAGAAGGAGGAAACUCAAUGAUGCCAUGGACAGACUGGAGGAGCUGAAGGAAUUCGCCAACUUUGACUUCGAUGUGUGGCGGAAGCGCUACAUGCGCUGGAUGAACCAUAAAAAGUCUCGUGUCAUGGACUUCUUCCGCCGCAUUGACAAAGAUCAAGAUGGCAAGGUGACCCGACAGGAGUUCAUAGAGGGAAUCCUCUCCUCCAAAUUCCCUACCAGCCGUCUGGAGAUGAGCGCUGUGGCAGACAUAUUUGACCGAGACGGCGACGGCUACAUUGACUACUAUGAGUUUGUGGCAGCUCUUCACCCCAACAAGGACGCCUACAAACCACUAACAGAUGCUGACAAAAUUGAAGAUGAGGUUACACGUCAAGUAGCAAAAUGCAAAUGUCCCAAACGAUUCCAAGUGGAGCAAAUCGGUGCCAACAAAUACCGGUUCUACCUUGGAAACCAGUUUGGAGACUCUCAGCAGCUUCGUCUCGUACGGAUUUUACGCAGCACUGUGAUGGUGCGGGUGGGAGGAGGCUGGAUGGCUCUGGAUGAGUUCCUGGUGAAGAACGACCCCUGUCGAGCUAAAGGCAGGACCAACAUGGAGCUGCGAGAGAAGUUCAUCCUCCCAGAGGGAACCACUCAGGUGAUGGCGAGCUUCCGCUACCGAGGCCGGAGAUCUCGGCCGUCGUCCAGAGGAGCUUCUCCCAACAGAUCCACCUCCAGUCAGAGCUGUCCGGUCCCGUCACACACAGCAGCGACCACUGCGCUCAAGACUCCCCAACACAUAACCCGCAAUUAUGAUAAGCCCUGGCUUACAAACAGCAAACCCUCCACUCCUCUUAAAUCAUCAGACUCCUUUGGGAGCCAAGGUUCAUCCUCAGAGGGUACACCAGUUCAAGGCAGCAAAUUGCGUCUUCCUGGGUACUUAUCAGGCAAAGGAUUUCAGUCUGGUGAAGAGGGAACACUGAUCAGCGCUGCUGUACUGAAAGCUCGCACACAGACAAUAGGCGAGUCUAGAAAAAAUUCCAGCCGACCUGGAAGUAAGGCCGGGAGCAGAGGGAGCAGUCGCAGAGGAAGCGACGCCUCUGACUUUGACAUCUCAGACAUCCAGUCUGUCUGCUCGGACGUGUCCGAGACGGUCGGCGACUCGAGCCGAGCGACGCCGCGCUCUGCGUCCCGCCAACACGGAGGAAAACCCUCCAAGAUCCCCACUCCUCAGAGGAGAACCACUCCCACAAGCAAACUGGCCAAGGGAUCCAAGCGAUAGUCAGUGGCCUUGAAAACAAACAACCCAGGAGCUGGUUGCACCCUAAACACGUAACGGACACUGGAGAUAUCUAACUUAAAAGACUGCAAAUGUGUUGAGUGUGUUAUUUAAAUUGUUGCGAAGAUGUAAAAUAUUCUUUUGAGAGGCAAUAUGGUUUAAUAUUAUGUGAGAAUGGAAUGUCAAUGGCCUUGUGUAUUUGUUUUUAAUGUAUUUUAUUUUUUGUGAAAAAUGUCAAAUUGUUUUUAUCGUAUUUUAUUUUAUUGAUACAAAACCUGUAGAGGUUUGACGAACACUAGAAAACCUGGGAAUGACUACGAUGUACGGUGAACUAAACAUUUCUAAACACACUAAUGAAGGGCAACACACAGGAUAGCGCUCUGAGAGUUACUGAAUGUACUGUUAUUUAUGUUUGCUGAUGUUUGGAGUAGAUGGUGCAUUAUGGUACCAUUUGAGACACUGCAAUUAUCUAUUUAAGUGCUAUGAUAUACUGCCAACAUGCAUUUAAAGGGCAAUGCAAUAUACUACAGUAAACCCCAGUAAGCACUGCAGAAACCUUUGAAAAACACUAUUUAAGGCAAGUAGCAGAAACCUCGUAAUCAUGAAGCUUUUAAGUCCUGUUUGUUUGUGAGCAGCUGCAGUCCGUUUUGUUUGACCACUUCACAGCAGUGUGCGCAUUGACCUUUAAGAGGUGCCACUCCAUGUAGACAUUCUCUUGUGCAUCUAUGUCAAUGUAUGGUUAAUUUCGGUAGAGCUGAAAUUGUUACUGUAACAUUACUUUGUAAUAAACCUGCUUGCAGAAAACCACCAGAGACUGGUGUG